GUGGCGACGACAAUCUUAUCUGACUACUCAAAGUUGAAUAGCAUUUAAUGGUGAGGCCGAGUCUACAUAAACAGCCUUUUUGACUUCACUCUUACUGUGCAGUUUGUACACGCCUGACCAUGUUUCAGACUUACAUAUUUCUUGUUCUCUCGCUUUGCGCUGCUGCGAGAGGCUUCGAUUACACCGAUGGACAGUACCGAGAGAUCGAUAAUCGCCUGACUGACUGCCUGAAAAACGUACCCGAGACGUACAAUUCGGGGGUCUUGAAUGCCCCAGGCACAGACUGCAGGUACAGUGCGGGCCUGUACAAGGUUAACGAAGGCGUAGAGAAGGAGGCCCUCACAAACCUAAUCAUCGAAUGCCUCGCGGAGAGAGAGGUUGAUGCCGACAGUAUGGAUACAGCUAGACAAUGCCUCGAGAAGUCCCUCGCCAUUGACCUUCCUACAGAUACCAUUGACCAGAACCGUUACUCACCUAAUGAGAUAGCAGAAUUAAACGAUCGUAUGGCCGCUUGUGUUGACUCGGUGGAGGCAGACGAUGUCACAUUCGCAUUUACUACAGCUGGCAAUGAUUGCCGCUACAUGGCAGGCGAGUACAAUCUAGACCAAGGCGUUCCCAAGGAAAACUUGACCGACCUCAUCGCACAGUGCCUUCGGACCCAGGGUGUCAGUGAAGAGAAGGUGACAGCAGCCACGCACUGUCUCAGAGAAUCACUUGCCAAGGACCUCGGGAUGGACAAGCUUCCCUACUCGGACUACCAGAUCGCAGUUAUAGACGUCCGUAUGGUAAAGUGCCUGGACGCCGUGACCGACACCUCAAAGGCGGGCUACUUGGCAUCACCUGGAACUGCGUGCCGUUACUUUGGCCUCGAACAGUUGCGGGCUGGCGUGCAGAGGCGGGACCUGGCCAACAUGGUCGUGGCCUGCCUCAGCGGUCAAGGAACAGCGCCUGACGCCGUAUCGGCAGCUCAGCAAUGCCUCGGCUGGUCGCUGUCCAAGGACUUAGACGAAGAGCUUGUUGAAGAGAAAUUAUACACGGACGACCAAAUCGAUGAGCUGGAGGUCCGCUUGGCCGAGUGCCUCGACGUUGUGCCAGGCAACUUCCACUCGUGCAGCGGCGGGGAGCGCUACUGCUGGAACGUCCCCGGUGACAUCUGUCGCACAGAAGCCGGCGACAAGCUGUACAACGGCUUCGCGAAGGAGGCUCUGACCGACGAGAUUGUGGGAUGCCUCGACAGCCAGGAGGUUAUGCCAGUUGACGUGUUCACGGCCCGAGAGUGCCUGCGCGCUUCACUAGCCAAGGACUUUUCUGCUGUAAAUAGCUACCAAAAUUAGAUGGUACGCAGAAACAAAUAACAUUCUGAUACAAGAACUAAUGCAUAAAACUGAAUCCAUCUCAA